AUGUUCGCGGAACAAUUUCUUGUGAGCCACAUCAAAGGAAGGAGGACUUCAUCCCUCAUCCCGUUCAAUAUUAUAUUCAUCUGUCUGAGCCGCGGACAUGGUGGAAUGCCGGCCCGAUUCCAUUCCCGAGCGGCUAUCCAAACACGAUGGCGCCCAACGUGGGAGCGGGUGGCAAGAGACGCGACGCACUCGACCCGCUCGCUGUGCCGGCCGGCCAGAUACUGCCGGCUGCGCACGCCUGAGCCCGGCCAUCCCCACCCCCCGCCGCCCACCUCCCGCGAAAACGACUCGAGGCAUAAAAAAAAAGAACGGAAAAGAAAAGAAAAGAAAAGAAAAGAAAAAAAAAGAAAAGAAAAGAAAAGAAAAGAAAAGAAAAGAAAAGAAAAGAAAAGAAAAGAAAAGAAAAGAAAAGAAAAGAAAAGAAAAGAAAAGAAAAGAAAAGAAAAGAAAAGAAAAGAAAAGAAAAGAAAAGAAAAGAAAAGAAAAGAAAAGAAAAGAAAAGAAAAGAAAAGAAAAGAAAAGAAAAGAAAAGAAAAGAAAAGAAAAGAAAAGAAAAGAAAAGAAAAGAAAAGAAAAGAAAAGAAAAGAAAAGAAAAGAAAAGAAAAGAAAAGAAAAGAAAAGAAAAGAAAAGAAAAGAAAAGAAAAGAAAAGAAAAGAAAAGAAAAGAAAAGAAAGAUGCAGCACUAAGGAAGAACAGAGGAGUUCCAUAUACAUCAUACGUAAUCAGGAAUGGUCAUCGUAAAGGAACCUUAUUAAUAAAGAUACAAAUCUUCAACUUAAAAGAUAAUCCUGGGCCAUAUUCACCAGCAGACGCCCAGUGUCGCAGUAGUGAAUGUGACGUGCCAGCGGUGAAAAUGCAGUACUCAAUGCGCAAUAUGUUGUAA